UCACGUGGAAAUAGGCAGUCAGUAAAUUCGUGUAAUCAAGAGCGUCCAGAUCUCUGCAGACUCCGACAACUCUCACAAUGACCAAGAAAAGAAGAAAUGGCGGCCGCAACAAGAAGGGUCGUGGCCACACCACCUUCAUGCGUUGCUCGAACUGCUCGCGUUGUGUCGCGAAGGACAAGGCCAUCAAGCGUUUCACUGUGAGGAACAUGGUCGAGAGCGCAGCCGUGCGGGAUAUCAGCGACGCCAGCGUCUACCCUGAAUACGUUCUCCCUAAAUUGUACAACAAAAUUGCGUAUUGUGUCUCGUGUGCCAUUCACGCACACAUCGUCCGUGUCCGUUCGCGUGAGGGCCGCAGGAACCGUGCUCCGCCCCCUCGUGUCCGAUGGAAGGAUGGCAAGAAAGUGAACCCCGCUGUAGCUGCUGCUGAGGACGCCAAGUUUGCUGCGAACAAAGCAUAGGUGUAGGAAAUCAAAUAUGCCUUCCUUUCGCUCGUUCCAUGCAAUCCAUCCGUAACUUUCAUCGCAUUGUAUGCCUCGGAGCCGGAUUGCUUGACCAGGGUGGUCGUCCUUACAAUUAUUACUUGGCGUCAUCGUGGUCUUGGCGCUGUGUGUGUAAUCGUGAGCCAAAAACUUUCUGGCUCGAUUCAUAGACCAGGACCGAAACUACCCUGUGGGGCUCAUUUAAUGCGCACAAUGCCCUAGCUUGCAACGCUAGCCUCAAAAUUCAGUUCAACUAGUUUCAUUUCUCUAUCUCUACUUAUGGAAGUGAUGUCUUAUGAUGGAAAGAUUUCUUGACGGCAGUGCGCCGCCUUCCGCCGCCUUUCGCUUUCCGUUGUCUUCGUCGGCGACGUGAGACCCGCACGUCAAGGAGUCGAAUGUAAACUCUUACGGGGAUGUGAGCGAAUUUCGCUAUGGCUUGACGCCCGAUAGUUGUCUCUGUUUACUCGCGUGUAUUGUGUGUGGUGC